CGCGCUCAAACAGGAGGAACAGCCAGAGAAACUUCAAGAAAAAGAAGAAGAUGGCUCAGAAAAAAAUCAUUGGAGGCAAAGUCUUCAUCACAGUGCUGUACCUGGUAGUGAUGUGCAGAGCUGUACCAAUCAAUGACCUGCUGGACCGAGCCUCACAGGGCUCAGAUAAAAUGCACUCACUGAGCACACUGCUCACACAGGAGAUGGACUCUCACUUUCCUCCAUAUGGCAGGAUACUAAUGCAACGCCCUGCUGAUUGCCACACAUCUGCACUACAAACCCCCAAUGAGAAAGAGCAAACUUUGCAAGUGUCUCAAUCAGCUCUAAUGUCUCUGGCCCGCUCCCUGCUCCAUGCCUGGGCUGAUCCACUGGUGAUCCUUUCUAACAAUGCCGUCACUCUGCCUCACCCAGCAAAAAGCAGCAUAUCGAGUAAGAUCAAUGAGCUGAUGGAGCACUCAAGGACCUUGGCGGAUGGCUUGGAUAUACUGUCAGGCAAGAUGGGUUCCGAUGCUCAGGCCAUCUCUCCUCUGCCUUACACCGGAGGGACUGACCUAGGUCAGGACCGGGUGACCAUACUAAACAAGUUCAAUUUCCUCUUGUCCUGCCUUCGACGCGACUCGCACAAGAUCGACAGCUUCUUGAAAGUUCUUCGCUGUCGCGCAGUGAAGUCGCAGCCUGAGUUGUGCUAAAGCCAGCAUGACUCUGUGGGGAGUUCUGCUUGUGCUGCCGACCUGCUUAGAACUAUCUCAUCAUCCUAAACGCUAAUUAGUUAGUAUAUAGUUUCAGGUUAUUGUGGGGUAUAGAGAAUACAGAGGCUGAAAACACAAACUGUCCAUAUUAAUUUGUCAGGGGAACCCCUUGGGAUUAAGAAACAACAGCAAAAUACUAAAAUCAUAGUAUGGUGUAGGCUUUUUGUUUGGAUGUUUUCCAUGGUGGCAUCAUUUUAACCAUCGCCUGGGUCACUGCUGCCUUUUAUGAGAGUAAUAUUUCCAGCUGGUCUGGCAUUAAAAAUUUGACAUCCUAUAUAUGCUCAAUAAAUUCUGUAUUAUCUAUAACUUCGCUCCUAAUCACCUUUUUGUCUGAAUCAGUUCUCCCUUCAAAGUCAAGCUUCCCAACAGCAGACCUGUUGAAGCAGACGGCAAAACAGGGUUCUUUUUCUUCUUCCUCAGUUAUAUUCUGCAGCACUUGCACUUUAGAUUUAAUCCCACCCUCAACAUAGUGCCUGUGACUGUAUUGUUUCCUCAGAAUCUGUUUAUCAAUAAACAUUCCU